UUUUGUACCUAAACACCUAACCUAACUUUUUUUACAAAAUAAACAUUUAAUUUUAAAUAAUAUAAAUAUUUAUUAUUAUGGCAGAACAUGCUGCAAAUUUUACAUUUACCUAUCAGAAUACACCAAGUAUAUUAGAAGUUAUUGCUCAACAUUCCCUAAAUGAAACCUUGCAUCCAGCUCUACAAAGACUUGCUUUGGUGCUUUCGACAAAUAUUCCGCAAAAAUUUGGAUGGUUAAAUAAGUAUUUCGAAGAAACUUUUGUUGUGUUGAAUGGUUUAUUACAAUAUCAUUAUUUAGCUCAUUAUGAUGCAUCAUUUGCUGAAAACUUUUAUGGACUGAAAAGGGUAUCUUCCAAUGGUGAUGCCAUAACCAAAAGGCAUAGAGAAUUGUCUUUAAUAUUUUUAAUUGGUAUUCCUUAUUUUAAAAGGAAAAUAGAUGAAAAAGUAGCUAUUAUAAGGAUAGAAAAUGCUGAAGGCUCUAUACGAAAGGAUUUUGAAGGCACUGUGAAAAAACUAUUACUAUUUGCACAUUCCACAUUUGAAUUAUUGUACGGGCUACUUACAAUACAUAACUAUAUAAGAUAUAUGGCACAGAACACAGAAUAUCAGACACCAAUAUAUCAAUUAAUAGAAAGUAAAUUAGUAUACAAUAAAGAUAUUGAAGACUACUCAGGAUUUUGGACAUCACUAUUCAAAGGCAGUUUAAGUUUAUCACAGAUAAGUUUUGGGUUGAUACGAAAUGGAGUAUCCACAACAUUGGAAGUAGGUGCCUUUUUCUUGCAGUUUCUACAAAUGUGGAAUUCUCAAAAAAGCAAUUUUAAUGUAACAGAUUUACCAAGUGUUCCAGCACCUUCUCUUGAUAACAAAGCGAAACAGUAUGAAGGAAAGUGUCCUAUAUGCUUAAAAUCAUGGAUGAUUCCCACUGUACUUCAAGUUUCGGGGUAUAUCUUUUGCUUCCGCUGUAUACUAAGGCACCUGAACGAGCAUCAGACGUGUCCAAUAACAAAUCUUCCCGCCAAACCACUUGAUAUUGUCAGAUUAUACAUUAGUUCAUAGUAAUGCAAGAACUGGAAAUGUGUGUAUGGGCGUACACAUGACAAUGUGAUUCAUUUUUAGUUGUAUUUGUAAAUGUUGUUAAAGUAUCUCUUACGGUAAAGAGAAAUAUAUAUUGUGUAAGGUAUAAAAUAAAAGGUUUUAUAUUGUU